AUGGAAGAGGUAACUACAAACUCUGUUCCAUCUACUCCAUCAGAGAUGAUUACUUUUAAGUCUAGUAGGUAUCAUGGUUUAGUAGAUAUCCCCAUCACAGAACAGAUUUCUGAAGCACUCAUCAACGUUUUUAACUAUUUUGACAUUUAUGGUCCCAAGGUCCCAGUACUCUAUAACGUUAUAACAUGGAUCCGAUUGUUCCAACUUAUUGGUGGGGCUAUAAUGGUUUCCAGUAGCUAUAUUUUCGAUUCAACCACCUUAACUUUCAAAGCAAUGUCUAUCAUUUCAGUCUUAUUCCAUUUAGUCCCAUCCGAAUACAGAGAUGGAAAUGAAACAACCAUUCUUACUGUUUUCUUAGCAAUCAUGAUCUUUUUUGGAAUCUAUCUUUUGAUUACAGCUUUUUAUUUCCAGAAGACAUCAAAGGUUCCUAAGAUAUCUCUCAAAGUGCUGCCAAUAUUCAUGGUCAUCGGUCCAUUUUUGUUCUUAACACUCAUCGCUCAAUACGCCGGCCAAUUUAUUUCUUCUCUUAUUAUGGAUGUUAAAAAGCCAACAGUCGGUGGAAUAAUAGUAAUCAUUCUUUCCUUCAUUGUUACUGUUGGUUAUAUUUGGAUGUUAAUUAUUUCAUAUUCAGGAACAUUAACCUUCCGUUCUACAUCAUUAGGAACCAUCGAAGGCAUACCACAAAACCAUCUUUUAGUAUGUACUUUGAUCAUUACAUUCGUUACCGCGCUUACAAGUUAUUGGACACAGAUACCAACAACAGUCUGCCUCAUUAUAGCCAUGAUUUGCUACAUUAUUACAUGCAUGACUUGCUUCAACUGCGGUACAUUUAUUGAAGCUAAGCACCAGAUCAUGGUUCUUGGCGGAUCCAUCCUUGGUUUCAUUAUUUGCGCCAUGAACUUCUAUCCUGCAUGGGCAUCAUACGAAUGGUCUCCUAUUUUCUUCGUUAUUGUCAUCGCAAUUGCCAUUGUUGUCUUCACAUGCACAAAAUUCUUUAUCGAAUGGAGACAGAGAAAGGAUCUCAUCAUCUUGGAUCAGUUCCAAGAAUUAAACGACAUCACGGUAACAAAAUCUCCAAAGAAAUUCCGCAGAAUAGUUGGAUCUGGCUAUUAUUUCUCACACCCUACAUGCAUAGAUUUCACAUGCUUUAAGGCAGCAGUUGAAGCUUGGCCAGAAUCAUUAGAAAUUUGGAUUGAAUAUGCUAAAUUUACAGCAAUCUAUCCAGAGAACACAAAGAACUUGGAAUUCAUUGCACAGAACAUCGAUUUACUCAAUAAUGAUACAAGUACAACAAAGGCUAUCUUAGCAAAUAUCCAGACAAUUUUGAAGACUCGUGAAACAAACCUUUCAUUUGGUCUUAAGAACAAACUCGCUAAGAUUUCCAAAUGCUUCAACAAAACAAAGAACCGGAUAAGAAAUAUUUGGGAUUUAGUUCUUCAAGGCUCUAUUGAUGAAAUGAUCAAUGCAAUCAGAUUAUCACAGAUUGCAAUCAAAGAAGCAGAAGUCGAAAUGAACCAAUUAAUCAUGGACUAUCCAAAUAACAAAUACGUUCAUAGAAAAUUAGCUCAAUUCUACAAAGAACUGAAGGCAGAUAACAUUUCUUAUAGAAAUGCAAUUGAAGACGUCAAGAAAUUACAGGGAGGAUUAAGAGUUAACCAAGAUGUUAUACAUGAUUUAGGUAUUAUGAAUUUCCCAAAUCUUCCAGAAGUUGCUGAAUCAGAAUCUGUCGGAUCUGGAAAUGUUCUUGAAGGCGAAUCAUUCAAUAUUGAUGAUGCAACAAUCGAAGAUGAUUCUCUCCUUGAAUCAACAGAAGUCAUUACUCAUCAAAUUGAUCACCACAAGAUUCCUACCAUCCAAUACAUGUACACAACAACAAGUAUUCUUUACAUCUGCCUUAUUUUCAUUCCUUUGGUUUUAAUCAUUGCUUUGUACAGAUUAUACAUCAACAGAAUGAUUGAGCCAUUGGAUAUGAUGUAUGGUGUUUCAUUCAUGAGAAAUUUGAUCAAUCAGAUGCCAGCUUUCGUUGGAAAGUAUUUAUUUGAAAAAUUACCAAAAUCAGAUGGUUCUGGAACUCUUAUGAGAGAAUCAGUAUUCACUACAACAUCAUCACUUGCAUAUGGCGGAUUAAGUAGCACUGGUGAUGUAAUGAACUACUUAGUUUCAUUAGUAGCAACAGCCAGCCAAAUGAUGUCAGGUAUCAGAUCAUACAAAUUCGGAAACAAGAGAAUGGAAGCUGUAAGAGACAACUUGUUUUCAACAAAUGUCAAUUACAGUCUUUACCUCGAUUACGAGAAUGUAACAAUAUCAACAUCAUCCGUUGUUGAUAUUGCUUUUAUGGUUUCUCAACAUGUAGGAAAAAUUGCAUCAAAAGAAACAAUCACUGCAGAAGAUACAUAUGGAUCAAAUGUAAUGACAAGCAGAAACAAUGCCAUUACAUGCACAAAUCAUCUUAGUGAUUCAUUGACAUCUUUCAUCUUGUUAAUACAAGAUAUGGACCAACAAAAUUUGUCAAUAGUCUUCAUUUUGAUGAUUGUUCUUUUCUUGACAAAUUUGUUCGCAUACGCAAUUACAUUCAAUGUACAAUACGACAAACUCAAACAUAACAAAGAUGAGAUCUUAAACAUCUUGACAACAUUACCAAAGAAAGUUAUUUCAAGUGUCUCAUCAUCAUUAAAUUGCGUAAAAAACACUGAAUCAACGUCUAUUUCAUUUUCUACUGCACAGAUUUCUGAUUCAGAUAUGUCAAGACAAGAAGAAGGUAUCAUCAAAUUAUUCACUUCUAUUUCUGAUUCAGCUUCAUCAUCAUCUUCUGAAUCCUCGAACUUAAUUUUCAUGACAAUCAUCACAAUUGGUGGUUGCAUUGGUUACAACUUGACAUUGAUUUCAUAUAUCAAAGCUUCAACAAUGUAUGUCAAUAAUUGCAACCACUUCGAUUCAUUGUUUGGUGCUGUUUCUUAUAUGUUCGCUGCUUUCUCAGAAAUCUUCAAAGUUUUGUUGAAAUUUGAAGAUCCAAUUUACUCAAAUUCAUUACCAAACCUCACUGAAUCUGUUUCAGAAUUAGAAAAAUACAUUUCCAAACAACAGACAUCAUUCUCAAAUCUCAGAUUUGGUGGAAGCAAAACAACAGAAAUUCCAUAUUCUGAUUUAGAAAAUUCUUUGAAAGAAUCUUCUAAAUUAAGUUAUGUCUGCAAGAACGAUACUCUUCCACCAAAGACAUACUUUGAAUCAGCAAGAUGCUUCAGCACUGAAUCACAGAUCUACUUGACAAUGUCAUUAUUAAAUGGAUACUUUGUUGAUAUGUCAAAUAGAACUUCAUUUCCAAAACCAAAAGAUGAAACAUUAGUUACAGUUGAAGACAUGUGGAGUGUUGGACCAAUCAAUCUUUAUAUUUCCUUCUUCUAUCCAACAGGAAAUUCAAUGAAGAAUGUCUUUGAUGCCGAAUUCGACCAGAUCUACAAACAAAUUAAGAUUGCUGGCAUCAGUGUUUUAGUUAUCACUUUCAUUUUGACUUUAGUCAUUUUGAAUUCAAUCAGAAACGAAGAAAAAUUGCUUAAAGGAAUCUUACAUUUGUUGUUAUACUGCCCACCAACAGUUAUCCUGAAAAACCAAUGCAUCAUGAACUUGAUUUCAGGAAAAUAUUCAACAAAGUCCGAUGAAGACAUCAUUAGAUUGAAUAAAUUCAACGGAAAAGUUGUCAACAAAUUGAAUGAUGUUGUCAUUGUUUGCCAUGAUGAUGACAAUACAGUCAUUGGUGUCAACAAAGCUUUCAAACAAAUGUUCGGAUUGACACAAUCAGAGAUGGUCAACACAAACAUCAAAGAUUUCUUCCAGAAAGAUUGUUUCGAAAGCGAAUCUCGCAUUGAACAAAUUGUUAACUCAACAACAAAUGUUGUUUACACUCGCCAAGACAAUAACAAAGUCUACUUGCAGUUCACAGCUUCUCACACAGGCGAAAUAAAGAUAAUCUCUGGCCGUGAUAUGACACAGAACGUAUUACAUGAGAGAUUAAUCGCUGAUGAAAAGAAGAAGUCCGAUAAAAUGUUAGCAUCAAUUUUACCACCAAUGUUAGUUCCUCGUGUACAAGCUGGUGAAAAGAACAUCUCUUUCUCUGUACAAUCAGCAACAAUUUUGUUCUUAGAUGUUGUUGAAUUCACACCAUGGUGUGGUUCUCAUGAUGCACAGUACGUCAUGAGAAUGUUGAACAUCAUGUUCAAAGAAUUCGAUGCAAUCACAAAUGUUCAUAAAACAAUGACAAAAAUUAAAUGCAUCGGUGAUUGUUAUAUGGCUGCUGGUGGUAUCUUUGAUGAAGUUAACCAGCCAGCUAUACAUGCUAAGGAAGUUGUCGAUUUCGGAUGUUUAGUUAUCAAGAAAUUAUACGAGAUCGAUGAGAAAGAGAAUGAAAAACUUAGAAUUAGAGUUGGUGUAAAUACUGGUGGUCCAAUUGUUGCUGGUGUCAUCGGCACAGAAAAACCAACAUUCGAAAUUCUUGGCCCCGCAAUUAACACUGCCCAUGAGAUGGAGAGCCAUGGUGUACCAAUGAAAGUACAUAUUUCAAGACCAGUUUACGAAUUAAUUUACGGUCAGCAGUUCAACAUUAUUGAAAGAGGUGAAAUAGAAGUUAAGAAAGGAAAGAUGUUCACUUAUAUAGUAGAACCAUAA